AUGUCUCCAUUUACAUCAGUUUCAGAAAAUAUUCCUUUACCUAGCAAAGAAGAUGAUAAUCCAGAUCAUCGAAAUCCUUUAUAUCUCGGAGAUUGGAAAAAGUCAAUUCCAUACGUUGAUGAAGACAUAGCGAUAGAUGAUUUGGAUGAACCACAUUUGAAAAGAAAGAUUUCAAUUUUAAAAAAAUAUCCAGAAAUCGAAAAUUUAUAUGGAUAUGAUAAAUCAACCAUUAUAAUAGUUGUAUUGUCAUCGGCAGUACAAUUUAUUGCGGCCUAUGUUUUCGGUAGAAUUUUGACGGACUGGAAUUUAUUCAUGUUAAUGUAUUGUUUCUUUGUUGGUGCUUCUUUUACACAACUUUAUGGUGUGAUCAUUCAUGAAGCGACGCAUUGUCUAGCUGCUCCAACACUUUUUCAAAACCGUAUCAUAGCACUUGUGGCAAAUGCUGCGCUUCCUUUUCCAAUCGCAAUGUCAUUUCGUCGUUAUCAUUUGGAACAUCAUACUUUUCAAGGUGUGUUAGGACUUGACCCUGAUCUACCCUUGGAGUGGGAAUCAAAAUUGAUUCGUGGAAAUUCCUUUUUAAAAUUCAUUUGGGUAAUGAUUUUUCCCGUGUUGUACGUUAUUAGAGGUGCGGUAAUGGGGAAGGAACCUAGUAAUUGGGAAAUUGUGAAUUGGAUUUUUAACAUUACAGUUAAUUAUCUGGUUUACAAUUUUUGUGGUCUUAGAGGUUUAUCAUAUCUAUUAUUAUGUUUAUGGUUGGGUUACAGUUUACAUCCUGCCGCCGCUCAUUUUAUUCAAGAACAUUAUACUUUUGAUGAUGGUCAAGAGACUUAUUCGUAUUAUGGAAUUUUAAACCUGUUCUUUAUGAAUAUCGGUUAUCAUAACGAACAUCAUGAUUUUCAAAAGGUACCAUGGUCAAAAUUACCUCAAAUUCGUAAAAUCGCUCCAGAAUUUUAUGAUAAUUUGGCUUAUCAUACUUCUUGGUUUAUGGUACACUGGAAUUUUAUCUUUCAAAAACAAUAUGGUCCUCAAUCUCGUGUUGGUAGAACCGUUGAGGAUCAUAAAAAAGGAAGAAAGUUGAUGAAAAAUUUAAAAAAUGAGGAAUAA